AUGCCGCAACACCUACGCAACAGCAACACCAAGAAGAUCCUCAAACUACACCUAGGAGCCUUUCCAGGAGCCGAUCUCGGAACCGUUCGAGGAGCAGAUCAGGAAGCAAAGCCCGAGGGACCUCACAACCUGGGAGUAACUGUAACGAGACGGCCCCCAGGCAGGCCACCAAAGCCAGUCAUUCAUUGGAGCCGGUCCACGAAAACGGGUAGGGCGAACGCUCAGUAUCACGGACUGGGAUGCUUUCCGGGCCUGCAGGGCAGCACGUACCUCCCCAGAAGGGCCGCCGACAAGCAGCUCCUGAGUAACCUUGUCGACAAGUACCUUGGUGACCAGGUGACGCAACCGCAGAUGCCCUACACAGGUCAGGAUAACGCCUCCCUGGACGCCCCUAUCACCCUGGCGGAAGUGCAGGCAACGGUACGAAAUCGGCGCCCCAACUCAGCGCCGGGGGACGAUUGCAUCACCAAUCGGAUCCUACAAAAUGCGGAUGACGACUCCCUAGCGACUCUGUUGCAACAUAUCAACAUCGUCUGGGAGUCGGGCUCCUUGCCUGCGCCGUGGAAACACGCCAAGAUAGUCUUCAUCCCCAAACCAGGCAAACCUUUACAUUUCGACAACCUCCGCCCCAUAUCUCUCACUUCAUGCGUAGGAAAAGUCAUGGAGCAUGUCAUUCUCACUCGGCUUACUGAAUACAUGGAUAAGGAAGACAAGUUUCCACACACCAUGAUAGGCUUCCGCCCCCGGCUGUCCACGCAGGAUGUCAUGCUUCAACUUCAGCAUCAAGUACUCGACACCCGACAGGGACCUAAACUGGACACAAGGGCUGUACUUGGCCUAGACCUUACUAAAGCAUUUGAUAACGUCACACACCGUGCAAUUCUCGAGGCACUCUCAGAACUAAACGUUGGUGCAAAGACCUAUAGCUACAUUAAAGAUUUCCUCUCCAACCGCACUGCCACAUUAACAAUAGGGGGACUCCAGUCGGAGGUUAUCAAGCUGGGAAGCAAGGGCACACCACAAGGGUCCGUGCUCUCUCCCAUGCUUCUCAACAUCGCCCUCAUGGGGCUUCCAACACAGCUGUCUGCUAUCCCACGCCUAAAUCACUGCCUAUACGCGGACGAUAUUACCCUCUGGACUGCUGGAGGCAGUGAUGGCGAAAUUGAAGAGACCCUGCAAGAAGCAAUCAACGCGGUGGUCGAGUAUGUCGAGCCACGAGGACUUUCAUGUUCGUCGAGCAAGUCCGAAUUACUAAUCAUACGCCCCGCAACGCAUCGUCGAACGAGUCAGGAGAGCACGCAUCCCAUCAUGCUCGAAGUCAAAGGACAUCCCAUACCGUGCGUGCCUAGCCUGCGAGUCUUGGGGCUCCGCAUACAACAGAACCGUAAGAACACAGAGAUUAUCGAAUGCCUCAAGACCCACGCUACUCAAAUAGGAAGGCUCAUCGCCCGCAUCGCCAACAAGCACAUGGGAAUGAAAGAGGACAACCUUUUACGGUUGGUGCAAGCCUUUAUUAUCAGCCGCAUCGCGUACGUCGCGCCCUUCCUAUGCCUCUCCAACGCCGAGAAACACAAGAUUAACAUAAUUAUCAAGAAAGCAUACAAGCAAGCCCUGCACGUCCCUCAAUCUACGGAGAAUCAAAAGCUCAUGGAAUUAGGCCUACAUAACACAAUUGAGGAGUUAAUUGAGGCUCAGCGCAUUUCACACUACGAGCGGCUCUCGCAAACACAGACCGGGCGGCACAUCCUCCGUACCCUUGACAUUGAAUACGUUACGCAGACCGGACCCAAGGUCCCAUUGUCCAAGGACGUCCGAGAAACGUUCCUGAUUCCCCCCAUCCCUCGCAAUAUGCACCCCGUCUACAACGCAGAACGGCGCGCCGACCGUGCUAAACAUCUCAGCAAGAGUUACAAGGGGGCCGCGCAUGUAGCUUACGUUGACGCAGCAGAGUACCCGCAACAACCGGCCAUGGCGCUCGCUGUCGUCACGGGACAGAAUCAUGUAACUACCACCACCAGCUCUCUACUCACCACACAACCCGAAGAGGGCGAAGAAGCUGCCAUCGCUUUAGCCUACGCGACGACUACCGCCUCUUGCAUUGUUAGUGACAGCAUUACAGCUAUCCGCAACUUCACCAAGGGCAUCAUUUCACCGCAAGCGAACCGCAUACUUACAGGAUCGCAAAAACCUCAUCUGCUCUGA